CUUGUUCAGGAAAGCCAAGAAAUCACAGGAAUUUUGAUUCUCCGCCGUAUUCCAAAAUGCCGUCGAGCAAGCAACGGAAGAAAAGUUCGUUCCUGCCGCCGUGGAACGAUCAAGUCUUUGGUUCCCGUUUUCGUGUUCACUGAGUCCGAAAUCGAAAGACAAAAGUUUUUGAGGUAGGUAGCAAAUAUUUCACAAGUAUAUUUUGCACUCUUAAUGCCGGAUUGCGGUGAUCGAGAAUCCAGCUUACCCCUGGAUUUUACACCGUUUUAUCAAACUCUUAAACGCUUUGCCCUGGCUAUUUCCUUCAUCAAUAAAUUAAGUAGCUAGCAAAGCAAGUCCCUUGUCUCCUUCGAUGCGAUGGCAAGCAGCACAUUCAAAAAUUAGAAGACUUAUCUGAUCCAACUUCUCUGAUUCUCUCUUGAGCAAUCUAAUUUUAUGUAUUUGAGAAUCGCGCGAGAACUGAAGGUAGAUCGAAACUGGUGUGAGCGAUAAACCAAAAGAGGAGAGCUAUUUACGGUGGCCAUUUAAUUUCAUCCAUUCAACUCCUCUCUCUCUUUUAAUUAAGGACUGAGUUUUUGAACAAAAUGCGACAAUUUUUUUUAAAAUUCUUGAAGAGGACAUUUAGCCCUUCUGAUAGAUUGCUAAUGGUCCCUCUGGAUUGUUGUGCAAUCUCUAAUAAGAAAAAUAGGGUCGACCUGUGAGCAGCCUAAACGUGUGAACCGGUUAAAUAUAUAUAUUUGUCUUGUUACUUAUAUUAUUUACCAGUAACGCCUACCCUUCGAAGCCGAAGAUUGAUGGCGUGGGGUCAGCUAAGUUAGGCUGAUUUAGCAACAGAACGGGAACGUCAGUCAACGACGGGAAAACGCGCGGAAGGGACUAAACGCGACUUCUGGUGCUCAAUUUGCCUUUCUGCGAUUGGUCAUUCCAGUUGUUCGAUUUGCGCGCGCCGUUGUCAACUGACGCUCCCGGUCUGUUGCUAAAUCAGCCUAAUAUUACCAUUGCAACGUGACCUAACGACUUCUCCUUCUCAGUCUAUUCUCGUUUAAAUGGUUAUACUGUAUAAAUUCAUAAGAACUGUUACACUCCAAAUCCGUUGUGGAUACUUUGUGAUUCAGCCUGUUGGCGUGUAGAGCCAUUUUAGCACAAUUUGAACCAAACCAGUCCUGUCAAAUAAUUAUAUUUAGUAUAUACUAAAACAGUGGAUAGUGUUUUUCGCGCGCUCUGAUUGGCUGCUCAAUCAGUGAAUAUCCUGCACUAUUCACUGAUUCACCUCUAGUUCCUCCGAGCGAGAGACGCCAAACUCGCGUAAGUUGCAAAAUGCCUUCCCGGUUUGCUGCCGUAACAAACAAAGAAAUUUCACAACUAAUCAAGCAAGCUGUUUCCGAAAUACACGAAGAAAGUGACGAAGCUCGGGGUGGAAGUUUUCACAGGUAAAACUUUGUCUUUUUGACUUGAAUUUAUCGAUAAAACCGGCGAAAAAGUUUUGUUGUUUACAAAUGCAAAUUAAGUUUAAGUCUUGCGUUACUUUUUUUAGUUGACUUGUUCAUAAAUAAGCUUAAAACUAAAUCUAAUAAUCCUUUUUACAGAAUGAUUUUAAAUACAAAAAGAAUUCACAACUCCUUUUGAGGAAAUUUCCCCGCAAGAGGUAAACAAAUGCCUUCAAAAGUUUUAUUUGCCGGCAAGAAAAAGCGACGACAGCGGCCGUUCGGUCAUUGCGCGCCAAAAUUGUAAUCGUUGCAGGCAACAGUAAAUGAGUUAAAAAUCAUCAUUUUUGUGCUCAAUUAUCUCACUGUUUUAGUAUAUACUAAAACAAUUAUUCACCUCAGUGUCGGUGGCUAGUGAUGGAUAUUUACCUCGCCGCUAACGCGGCUUCGGUAAAUAUCCAUCACUAGCCACCUCCACUUCGGUGAAUAAUUGUUAUAUAUUUCAGCGCCCAUUUUGGUGUUCAUCAACAUAGCCAUCUUUAUUAUAGACCCUACUAUAUCUUUCUCGGAAACAGCCUCAGUUUAUUAACGGAAAAUGUUCGCUUCGUUGGUAAAAAGCACUUGCCUUUCGGUUCCCGGAAGCCUAAGGUAUUUUUAUUUCCGAAUCAAUAACACUAUGGCCCUCAAUCAUGAAUAGUGAAUUUUAGAAUAAGAAUGCACCGACAGAUUGUCACAAAUUUGUAUUUAACGGGAUCAUAGUUAUUAGAGGAGACUGGUUAUGAAAAGCGGCAAACAUCAAUGAUAAAAACAACAGCGCUGCAGUUUAUGUUGGAAGCACCCUGAAAGUGCACAAUCCUUUGUUUUCUGUUGGCAAAUUGUUACGGAAUAAAUUAAUGCAACGUUUUUAUUGGUCAAUACGGUCAAAAUGAUAGGAAUUCUUUUGAACGUUAUGCACUUUCAGGUCCACAAAAACAUAUAACAAAGGAGUCUGACGGGUUUCAUAACCAUUCCACACAAUUAACUAUGACGGGAUUUAGGAGUGACUGGAAUGAUACUGAAUGUUAUGUGCAUCGUCAGCGUUAGGCUUAAUUGGUAAAGGAAACUCGUUUCAACCGAUACUUAACUGAUCUCAAAAAAUCCUACCCUCUGCUUUGAUUGGCUAAGCUUUUAAGCGAGAAAGAUAAACCCGUAAUAAGCCUUCAUUAAGAUCUCUUUGUCUUUAACAGUCGGCUAUGAGUUUUUGUUCGUUCCGUUUUAAUUUCUGAUACGAAGCAACAAAGUGAUAAUUGAGCUUUGUGUCGUGCAAUUUUGGUCUGACAUAUAUCAUACUUGUGAUUGAAAAUCACGCGAAUGAUUUCAGAUCAAAUUGCUUUCCACUCAGUUCAAUUUCCGUUAUAAAUCAACAUGAUACUGAGUAAGGCGACUCCCUCAGCUUUGUAAUUUCUUACAUUUUUCUUUGUCUUUCUUCCCUUUUUUUUCUUUUUAAAGGAAAAUCGAGAGGGCUGAAAACGCUGCAGAGAACAUAGAAGACUUCUGGAUGCAAUAACCUGUUCUUUGGUCUUUAAAUUUUCAAUUCAAUUCAAUUCAAUUUUUGUUCACAUUCUUAUAAAAUCCUACAAUCUAAGAACAGAUAGUAGGCAGAAAUGUACUAAGAAAUUAAGGCGAGCAUGCAAUGCCAAGAAAUGUAAAUAGCUUUUUGAUUACGCUUCAACUGUACUGUGCUUUGGAAUAAAUGCUAUUGCAGUAAAAUCAUAAACGAUGGUUUUGGUGCUGUCAAAUUCAAAUCAGUUGUCAUUGGUAUUUUUAAACCUUAAAUGGCUCUCUAUAGCAACAGGACGGGAACGUCCGUUAACAACGAGAAAGCGCGCGGAAAGGACUAAACACGACUUCCGGUGCUCAAUUUUCCGCUCCGCCAUUGGUCAAGCCAGUUGCUUGAUUUGCACGUGCCGUCGUCAACUGACGUUCCCGUUCUGUUGCUAAAUCAGCCUAAUAUUGGACAUUGGGGGUUGCUUGUAUGCGCGUUAUAACACCUUAUUUUCUUGGAAGAGAAGAAGAGCAGCUUUCUAUUGAGUGCUGAAAAUUUUAAUGUUAUAUUCUGUUCGAUAGAGCUCUGUCCAGGUGAGCCUUCGAAGCAAUUUGGCGGCCACAGCUGUGGUUCUGCGUUAUUCACUAUUAUAGUAUCUUAUUGCACGCUAUUCUUUAAUUUUCAAAUUGUAACGUCUUAGCUUAACCUUUUCAUUAUAUGUAAGACCCUGAAGAAGCAAGGCCGUGCCUUCCAAAAUAUUGGCAAAAUUAUAUAUAUAUUUCCCACUGUAAAAUCAGCCUUGCCUCUUUUGUUUUUUAUUCGGGUCAUUAUUGUUCAGUACGGCUUUCAACUGGCUCAAAAUUUUCGCGCCGACGUUUUAAAAACCAAUCGGAAGCAAAACAUACCCACAGAACGGGACAUAAAGAGAUAUCCGGGUCGGUUGUUAAACGGAGUUUAGCCGGAGCCAUUUAAAGACCCUCGUGCUAAGUCACGUCCCGGGCUAAGUCAGGGCCGCGCGCACAGGAGGAAGGGUCUAGGGCCUUCUUCUCCACUUUUUGCGAUAAAGAAAAACAUACUUUUCCUAAGUUCUUCAAUAAAUAAGUUUUUUGAUACUAGACUAAGGAUCUCGUUCCUAUUCCCGUCCACAAAAGGGAAUAAUAAAGUAGAGUCAUGAUUAAUAUACCAGGUGAAAAUUAUGGUUAAUGCCUGGGAAAAAGUGAGUUCCUGUGCUACUUAAUAAUUCGAUUUCUUGUUCAACGCUCUUUAUGCGCCUGAAAACCAGAGGCGAUUUCAUGGGUGACUUUUGAAUUGCGUGAGAUUGAGUUACCAAAACAGAGCUGAGGCGAUUAAAGUUUUCAAUCCAUGCACUCUAUGGAACCGCUGAACGUCACAAAAUUGCAGCUAAAAUCGCCGCAAAGUCGCACAAAAGCCUGUAACCUCUUCCUUCGAUCACUGGGAUCGGCUUUAGAAAGCUUGCUCAUAGGAUUAUUUUACCUGCGUGAUCUCUUCAAAUUGCUUACCAAAAACAAAGACCAAUAUUAGUUAAUUGUUCCUGUACUCACCGGGCUCAAUUGAUUAUCAGUUUAGAAUAAUAUUGAGAUCGUUCGGAUCGUACUGGCCAAUCACAUUUCAGCAUGUCCUGGAGCGUAUAAAGUGGUAGGUUUAUCUUUUUUACUUAACCUGAAUUAGAAAGCUUAAGAGCACAGGUUUCUUUUCCAACAUCACUGAUCCAUCAUAAGCAAACGUGAUAUAGCUACUGAAUGGAAUCUCCAAAGAAGCGGGAUGGUUUUAUGAAAGAACCUUUCAGAAAAAAAGUAACAUCAUCCUUAAAACCCGCAAUCUAAAGCCUCCUGUUAGAAUUUAAUCACUCUAUAAGUUGAUUAAUCAUGUUCUUUUUGUAAUAAAUAAAAAAAUGAGACAGGACUCUUGAGCGCUAGAAACAGAGAUCGGGUAAAAACAAUUCCAUGCUUCCAAGAUUAAAUGACUUUCAAGAUCUUGUAAACUGUAUUUAGUUUUUUUAUUCACUUAUAGAAACUAUAUCCAGAUAAAUUGAUGAUACGAUAUAACACCAGACGCUUUAGGGAUUUUUAAAGGAUUAUAUCAAAAUGGAUCAGCUGUUCAACCAUUUUUUUUUUUUAUCUUAGCACAGAUGGCCUGAUUUCUCCUAGCAGUUGUCUCCCAAACAUUAUCAGUUCACUAAGGUUUUCAGUGCCGUUGACCUUUUCUCUCACUGCCUAGAAUGACACGGUAAACAGGUAACAAUAUACUGUAAUACAAUAUCAAGGGAAUAAUUGCUUAUCCGAAGCGCCAAAUCGUCCUUUAGAAAAAAUUCGUGUAAGAACUUUUUUACUAGGGGACUAAGACCUGUUAACUGAAUUUUAUGUCAAAGAUCGUAAAAGGUCAGACUCAUUCGCCUUUAUAUGGACCUUUUACAAGCAUGGCGACUACCAUUUUCAGGCUCCACAUUGGAUUAUUGUUCUCUCCAAUAUCUUCAACAACGGCCCCGUUUGCACUUUCCCACUUAAUUUGGAAAUUUUCUUUGACAAACUUUCAAAUUAUGUACUCUUAAUAUGGGAUGUAUUUUGCAUUUUUUACUGAAGAGUUCAUCUAUAAGGGCACGCAAAUUUCCUACUCCCGGCAGCCCCUCUCUGAUGUAGACAAAUGCCAUGGUAAGGGGUAUGGGAACACUUGGAAUUCACGCCUCAAGCCAUAUCUACCGGCUCUCGAUACUUCCACCAUGAGAGAAACGAAGGACCAGUUUUCAGUAGCCUUCAUUUAAAUGUUUGCAUGUCAGUAUUUCAUACAAAAAAUCAAAAGUUACACCCACAUUGUACAGCAUAGUAAACAGUACCUCACGAAAGUACCUUUCAGUGGCUUUAUUCUAUACACUCAACAGUUAGAACUACUUUGUACAGCAUCCAAAGCCUCACCGAGGAAAGCAUUGCUUAUAGUAGAAAGUAGGAUUUUAUUCACAAACUCGCCAAACAGCCGUUUUCAAUUGAAUGAUCCCGUCACACUUAGGGUAAUAUUGUUACUUGAAAGUUAGAACCAACUUGUACAAUACAGCAACCUCUAUAUAUCCCAAAAUGAUGCUUAGUGGGUUUUUUCUUUGAUGGUAACUCUUAUGGAUUUUACUUUUCGACCGCCUAAUUUAAACUGAACCGACGUUGCAAUUGUGCAAAUCAGUAGUCACUCCGCCAUGACAGUGAUGGCUAGCAAUAUCACUUGCACUCUGAUCACCACUCCGGCGUGUUCUAGUACUGGCCCAAUCGAUCAGUGACUCACUGGGAAUUGCGUAAAAGUAAGUGCUAUUGUCAUAUUGACUCUGAAAUUAAAACGAACAUACAUAAGAAUCGGGGGAAAUAUUUUUUUUAGAAUUACUUGUUUAUUUUCCGAUAUUAGGAAUAUUAUCCAUUUUGCCUAUAAUACGAUAUAUAAAUGGGAAAAAAGACAAAAUCACGACGAAAGUGUGAUGAAUUAAAGCUCUCGACAACUUGAAGCGAACUUGGACGUAGGUCAUAGUUGAACAAAAUGGAGCGCGGGUUUCUUAUAGGAUUUGUAAUUAUUCUCGCAUUAACUUCCUUCUGUCACAGCUUAUCGGAUUUUGAUGAAAAUGACGAAAGUUUAGCGGACAGGAAACCUCUUUUGGAGAAACUUGGCAUGGAAAUGUACAGGUAAAAAAAGUAAAAUAAUAAUGAAUAUUUUUUUCAAUACUAUCUUCACCUCUUCUUACCCUGGGUACCAGGGUUUCCUGUGCCUGCCUUUAUUAUACUUUAGAUGAUAGUUACACAGAGUUUUUGACUCUGUUAACGAAAACGUACAAUAAGACCAAUGAACAUUUCCUGUGUUCACGGCAUUGUUUAUUACAAUGUACAACUGAGGGUGGACGUUCUAACUUUUACGUUUGAGGAAAAAGUUUUUUCGAAAGCUACUGAGGUAAACUUCAUAUAAGAACAGCCCAUUUCAAAUAAGAGUUUGAGUAAUUAUUAAGUAAUUCUUUUAUGUUUCCUUUAAUUACAAAUUACUCACAAACCUUUAGCCUACUUUGUGACGCAUCAUAAACGUAGAUUAAUUUCUCCUUCAAAAAUGAUUUUGUUUGAGAAGAAAUAUCAAACAUUCGACACAGUGUUUCAUCACCAGAUGAAACACCUCGAAGUUCGUCAAAAAUACUCCGCUGCACGUCGUAUAUUCAACUCUCUUCUCGGUGUUUCAUCUGGUGAUGAAACACUGCAUCUCAUGUUUGAUAUAUUACUUACAAUGUACAAGGUGGUUCAAACUUUGAGUCUUUGAAUGAAAUCCGUCAGUUGAAAGCCUAAAGGAGUAGAUUCUUUUUACUUUUGUUUUAAAACUGUUCAUAAUUGCUAGGAUGAAAUUAAAACCAUUAGAGACUAAUACGUUAUAUUAAAAAGUGUUAUUUUUGCAAAGUAUUUCGAGUAAUUUUAACGUACAAAGCAAUCUUGAAAUUGCUAAAAAGUUAACGAAACCCCACCAAGUGUUUUAGAUAAGUACAAACGAAAAGCAAGAACAAAUAGAGCAAACUAUAACCGAAGGAUUAAGGAUGGUUACGAGGGGGAAGAUUGACGAUUACAAAUGUCCGAAACUUGAAAAACUAAAUAACACCGUACCUUUUUCAAGAUACAGAAGCUGCGACGUAGUCUGAAUAGUCUGGAGUGUUGACUUGUCGUUCGAUUUAAGGCUAAUCAGUAUGUAAUAUUUUGAUCUAAUAUCAGGGAUCCUCACUGGAGCCCGUAUGGUAAAAAGCGAUGCUACUGCGGAUAUGGAUAUAAAGGGAAAGGACCCAUGAAUCCGUGGGGAGGGGGAUUUCCACCAUUCGGACCGUUCCGACCAUUCCCACGGGUAAGGUAUGGACCCCGUCGACGCCCUUCUCGUCGCAAGGGAAGCCAGACAUCUGAUGAUGAAGAGGAAUAG